AUGAUUCAUUCUUCGCAUAUUCUGUCUCUCUAUCUCUGUCUAUAUUUGUCUCUGUCUCUGUCUGUCUGUUUGUCUGUCUGUCUCUUUCUGGACCUCUGUCUGUCUGUCUCUUUCUGGGUAUCUAUCUAUCUAUCUAUCUAUCUAUCUAUCUAUCUAUCUAUCUAUCUAUCUAUCUAUGUCUCUGUUUCUCUCUCUGUCUCUCUAUUCUUAUUUAACAUCACGCCAUAUGAGUCUUUCUUUCUUUCUUUCUUUCUUUCUUUCUUUCUCACACUCUUUCUUUCUUUCUCAUACUCUUUCUUUCUUUCUUUCUUUCUUUCUUUCUUUCUUUCUUUCUUUCUUUCUUUCUUUCUUUCUUUCUUUCUUUCUUUCUUUCUUUUUUUUUCUUUCUUUCUACUUCCUUCUUUUUUUUCUUUCUUUCUUUCUUUCUUUCUUUCUUUCUUUUCUUUCUUUCUUUCUUUCUUUCUUUCUUUCUUUCUUUCUUUCUUUCUUUCUUUCUUUCUUUCUUUCUUUCUUUCUUUCUUUCUUUCUUUCUUUCUUUCUUUCUUUUUGCCAUUUGUUUUAUUCUAUUUUUCCCCGGGACAGAGGGAUUCAUCUUUUUCUUCAUUUCUUUUAUUAUUUCUUUCUAUUCUUUCCAAGUACCUCUCUUUCACUCACUCUUUUUUUCUCUCUUCUUCCUCAUUUGAAUUAUUCUAUCUUUUUCUUCUGGCGGGAGAGGGUGGAGGUGGGUGUACAAUGCUUUCUUUUAAUCUUUUUAUUCUUUCUUUCAGAUUUUUCCGAUCAUUUAUUCAUUCUUUGAUUUUUUCUGUUUUUAUUUCUAAUUUUUCAUUUUUUAUUUCUGUUUUUUAUUUUCUUUCCUCUCCAUUAUUUUUCUUCUCAAGAAUUUUCUUUCUUUUUUUCUUUUUUUUUUUUCCACCUAUCUCUUUCUUUUUUUCUCAUCUGAUAUUUCUUUCAUUCUUUUAUUUCGGGAUUGCUUUUAAUCUUUUAUUUCUUAUUCUCUUUAAUUUAAAAAAAAAAAAUAUUUUUCGUCUCUUAAUAUUAUUAUUAUUAUCAACAUCGAUCCUUUCUUUCUUUAUUUCUUUCUUCUUUUCUUUCUUUCUUUCUUUCUUUCUUUAUUUAUUUUUUCUUUCUUUCUUUCUUUCUUUCUUUCUUUCUUUCUUUCUUUCUUUCUUGUUCCCUUAUUUCUUUUUUCUUUCUUUCUUUCUUUCUUUCUUUCUUUCUUUCUUUCUUUCUUUCUUUCUUUCUUCUUCCAUUAGUUUUCCCUACAACAUCAUUAUCUUCUUUCAUCCCGUCGACUUCUCUUUCCAUAUCAAUUUAAUCCGAACACAUAAACUAGUCAUUCUUUGCUCUCUUGACAAGUACAAACGAUCCUUCUUUCUCCCCUAUUUCUCAAAACAUUCCCGUCUGUCUUAUCCAUUCUCUUCCGUUCUUACACGAGUAACAAACAAGCGCCAGUUCCAUUUGUUUCUUUAUUUUCUCACAGCUUGUUUCCUAUACUUAAUCGCCUUCCAUUUUCUUUUUUUAUUUGUCUCUAUCCCAAUUUCAUUUUCAAUUCGUUUCUUUCAUUACGAUUCUUUCAUUUUUUUAAAUUUUCUUUUUUCUUUGUCAUUUAAUUCUUUUUUUAUUCCUAUCUUUCUUUCUUCAUUUCUUUGA